AUCUGUUUGAACAAUUCUAGAAAUGUGUCUGUUCAGCGAUGUGUUCUGUAUCUACAAAAGAGAGUUAUGAUUGGCUCAGUAAAUGAGCUUUGGUCAUCCGAUGUUGAACGCCAUUGGCUAGAGAAACCUCACACGAAUAUACACACUUCACCAUUUUACAGGCCGGGUGCUGACGUUGAUUCGCAAGAGACUGAUGUUUACGCUCCUCUUCUGGAAAACAUUUAAUUUUAUCAUGCGACCUCCGUGUCAAUAACUUACUUGGACCUUGAGUGUCAGUUCCCUAUGGCUGUGUAUGAUGAGAACCUGCUGAGGAACCCUUUCUACCAGGCACUAGAGAAGCAGAGGCCAGACCUGUGCAGCCACGUGGCAGAGGUGCAUGGCAUUAUUCUGGUGCCGUGUUGGGGAAGUCUGCCUGUUAGUACCUACGCAGCGGCUCAGUUUGACGGGUACGUUCUACAGCCCUCUGAGCAAGGUUACCAGACCCUUGAUGGGAAGGAAGUCUCCAUACAGGACAACCAGGUGACACUGGGAGCUGGCUUCCAGUGCCCAGCCUCUGUGCCCAUCCUCUUUGAGGAGACCUUCUACAAUGAGAAGGAGCAGGCCUACAGUAUCCUAUGCAUCGCCCGACCCCUCGAGGCCCAGAGCCCAGGUGACACGAGUGCUGUCCAGACACAUUACUGUUUGAAGAAUGUGGAGGAUGUUAAGGAGUUCCUGGGUCGUCACACAGAGAAGCUGGACAAGUUCAUCGCCAGCUUCGGCCAUAGCUUUAAGGAACAGGAGAGGAAGGGACUGCGCUACCACAUAGACUCCGUUAAUGCCCUGUACACAAAAUGUCUUCAGUGCUUGUUGAGGGACUCUCGUCUGAAAGUGCUUGCCAAACAGGAGCUCCAGAUGACCCUCCUGAAGCAGGCAGUGGAGAUGUACAUACAUCAUGGUAUCCAUGAGUUCAUCUUUAAUUACGUGGGAAGUCUGGAAGCAAGUCAGGACGCUGCCUUCAAUAAAACCACGAGAGGACUGCAGGAUCUGCAGCAGAAAGACCUUGGAAUCAAGUCUGAUUUUAGUAUAAAUAUCCCUCGAGCGAAGCGAGAGCUGAGUCAGCUGAAUCGCUGUACUUCCCCCUUUCACAAGCUCCUCUGCCUGAGGAAGGUGGCCCUUACCAUCAUGCAGCCUCCCAGCCCUAAAGUGAGCUUAGAUGCCAUCUGUGCUGAUGACCUGCUGUCAGUUAUCCUGUAUCUGUUGGUGAAAACAGAAAUCCCCAACUGGAUGGCGAAUCUGAGCUACAUCAAGAACUUUCACUUCUGUAACUCCACCAAGGAUGACCUGAGUUACUGCCUGACGUCGUUCGAGGCCGCUGUGGAGUACGUCAGCCAGGGCCACCUCAGUCAGGGCCUCACGGGCCCAGGGGAUCUCAAUAACAAGCUGUUCUUCAGGCAGAAGAUAAACCUGCUCUCCCAGAAUGCUGCUACACCCAUAGAUUACCUGUUUGAGCACAUCGCCGGUGGGAAGGAGGCGGAGGUGCGGCGCCUACUGAGCGAGAGCGAGAAGGAGGAGGACGGGGUGAAGAUGUGUCAUCCUCUCUGCUCUUGUGAUAGCUGUGAGCUCCGCGUGUCAGGAAGACUAAACGACCCAUCCAUCAUCACUCCAUUCUCUCGAGAUGAUCGGGGCUACACUCCUCUUCAUGUUGCUGCUUUCUGUGGUCAGUCCCUACUGAUUGACCUGUUGGUGUCCAAGGGUGCGGUGGUGAAUGCCACGGACUACCACGCCCUCACCCCCCUGCACCUCUCCUGCCAAAAGGGCUACCAGGGGGUAACGUUGCUGCUUUUGCACUAUAAGGCCAACACUGAUGCUCAGGACAACAGCGGGAACACCCCGCUACAUCUGGCCUGCAUGCAUGGCCAUGAAGACUGUGUCAAGGCGCUGGUGUAUUACGACUUGCACACCUGUCGCCUCAACAUCCAGAACGACAAAUGGGACACCCCGCUGCACAUUGCGGCGCGCUGGGGCUACGAGGGCAUCAUCGAGGUGCUGCUGGAGAACGGUGCCUCCACAGCCCUCCACAACAAGGCCAAGGACACGCCGCUCCAGUGCGCCCUCAACUCCAAGAUUCUGGCCCUGUUGGAACGCACACAUAAUGGCAUCCAGAGGAAGGACGGCAGCACAGAGUCCCCCAGUCGCUCUCCUCAGCCGUCUGACUGCAGCAGUCGACACUCGUCCGUCUCCAGUUCCUCGUCUCUGAGUGCAGAGCCCCGACCGGAGCCUGGCCGGACACAACACCGAGAGGUGGAGAAACUGCUGAGAGCUGUAGCAGAUGGGGACGUGGAGAUGGUGCGUUACCUGCUGGCGUGGCUGGAUGAGGAGCCGGAGGAGGAUGAGCCGGUCAUGCCUAUCGAGAUUGAGCUGUGCCACCCUCUGUGCCAGUGCCCGCAGUGCGAACCCACACAGAAGAAGCUGGUGAGCCUGCAGAGUAGUGGCGUGGGGAUGAACAGCAGCAGUGCUGACGGCUUCACACCGCUGCACGUGGCCGCGCUGCACGGGCGCGGUGCCCUGGUGUCCUUGCUCAUCCGCCACGGUGCCAACAUCAAUGCCCGAAACAGCCAGGGAGUCACGCCACUUCACCUAGCCUGCCAGAACAGCCACAUGCAGGUUAUAACCUCACUCCUGGAGUAUAACGCCAAGGUGAAUAAGAAGGACCAGUAUGGGAACACCCCCCUGAUCCAUGCCUGCCUUAAGGGAGACUUGGACACAGCCACAGCCCUGCUUAAGAGCUGUGCGUCCGUCAACCUGGCGAAUAACCAUGGCAACACAGCCAUGCACGAGGCGGUGCGGGGGGGCCACCAGGCUCUGGUGGAACUGCUCCUGCAGGAGGGGGGGCUGGUGCACCUGAGGAACAAGAGGCAGAGGACCCCGCUGGACUGCGCUCAGGAGACUGGGAGCAAGAGCACAGAGAUAAAGAAGAUGUUGCAGAGAGCCCCAGGCCAUGCCCCUGAAGCGGCAGACCCAGGAAAACAGCCCAAAGGAGCUCUGGCUCAGUCAUUGGUACAAAGACUGAAACAGCAAGAGGAUACAAACAGCAGGAGGCAAGACCUGCUCCAGUCUAUACACAGGUCUCCGAAGGUUGUAUUACAAGACAGGACCAGAUCCUCAAUCAACUCUCCUCUUUUAAAUCGGGCGUCGGACAAGAGGAAACUGCGCAGGGGAGAGACGGUAGAGACCAGCACCCCAGCAUUCACGUGUCCCCGGGGCCUAAGUGACCGCAGCCAGUCCUCCACCCCCCCACCGGGCAGCAGGAGCAGCCUGGGCCGCAGCCACACCAUCCACCAGGACCUCUCUCAGGACCCCUCAUCCCCUGACUGCCCCAGCCCUACACCUACCAACCCCUCUGAACCAUCACCUGAUCAGUCACAUGACCCCCCGUCUGACCAACUUCAUGUCAACGGGGACAAAGGGGAGGCCCUGGACGACGAGGACACGCAGCCCAGGACCAAUGGGUCCCCAGAGACGGAGACGACAUUAAAGGAGAUGGAUGACCUUUGACCUCUCCCCAAAUUCCGUCCCAAACUCUGGCCGAGACUGAUCUCAGAGGACCAACCCUGGUUAAGGAUUUCUGUGGAUUGGUGCGUGAAAGUCACCUGAUUCAGUAAACGCUGUACAGGCCCACCUUGAGUAGUAGUUUUGUCUUAAGUGCACCGAGCACCAGAGGGAUUCACAUACUAAGGAAUUGGCAAGAUGAUGAUGACGCAUUCAAAUCAAAGCAAGAGUGGAGAGUGAAGGAAAUAAGAGAGAAAGAGAGAGAGGCAAGGACAUAAUAGAGGACUUAUCCAUACACUCCCAGCACUUUUGAGUUCCUUCUGCUCUAUCAUAUCACCACAAGUUGAAAAGGGAAACAUUACUUUCUUGGAAGAAGCAGUAUUUAUGUCUUUCAUUAUUUUUGAUAACACAUUGGCAAAGCAAAAGAUGUAAACUCUAAAGACAGACCUGGAUAUAGCAUCAGUCCAGGAGCUGGCAUACUUGAUUGAAGUUCUUAACGUGUAUUUGCACAUGCUUCUAAGUAAUUUUUCUUAUUAGUUAGUUUUUAAUUUGAAAACUUUUUCUUGCCAUUACUUUUGGCUUCCUUUUUUUUAACGCUUAGGUUGAAUUGAGAAUCCAUCCUCAGGAGUUUCCUGGUGAGAACAUUUCUAGAAGUUAACUGCUAUGCAUUUUCGUUCCAGGCAGAUGAUUAGAAUGUAAUCCUUGUCUUCACAUUGAUUUUUUUAAUUUAUUUAUUUAUUUUUGUCUCAGCGCUUCAUCUACUGCUAAUACUGCAACUGUUUUGUUUCCAUGGUAAAUGUCCCAGUGCACAUCUAUGAAUAUUACUUUUGACAGGUUAAAUCAUCUCAAUCACAAUGUUACUGCAGCACAUUGCUGCCAUUGCCAUCAUCAAGACUGUAAAUUGAGCAUUUUGGUUUGUUCCUCAAGAAAAGCCACUUUAAAACUAAAUUAGAUGCAGUAGUCUUAACCAAGUAGAAAACGUAAAACCAGUGAUCCCAAUAUUGCAAGCUUGCAUUGCAUGCAAGUUAAUUGUCAUUACUUAAACGUCACUGGAUUUUGACGUUUUUCUUAUAGGUCUUAGCACAUAAUGUGUUGUGAUGCGCACUCACUUAACAGCGCCUACACAUGGCCUGUUGUUACUGAGUAUACUGUAAUCCAGAUUUGAAGAGGGGAGAUCGAGGACCUGAACACCACACCCUUUUAUCACUGUACUCGUAAGAAAAAACUCCUGUAGUGUGCUUGCUGUACCGUAGUUGCACUUGUACUUGGAGCAAGAUGCACUGUAUUCUGAAACAAGAUCUCUCAGAUAGGCGCAUCUCUGCUUAGUUCCUGUGGCCUUGGAUGCCGCUUUGCAUCUUCUGGUUCAGAAAGCCCUGCUGGAAUUUCCUACAUUAAUGCUCACUGUCGUGUUCUCAUACAGCUUCAGAACAGCAGAACAAACUAUCUGUGUAGCAAUAAAGAUGUGUAUUUGCCAUGA